AGCAUAAACUCCUUAUCUGAAACAAGGCUUUAGAAUGUCGCUGUUGUUCCUCUCAAGUGGUGGCCUUUUGUUUCCCCUUUUCUUUUUUCCGCGCAUGAUUCCUCGAACCCAUCUGCUCUAAUACUCGUCCCAAAGACAUCUUCUUUACACCCCUCCAAUUUUAAUAUGGAUGGUCCGCAUCAGAAGUAGGGAUGGCCUGCAAGACAUUAGAAAUUCGCUAGCUUUUGCUCCAGUCUUGGGAUUCAAAUUUUGCAUUCUUUUUUUUUUUAAACAGCUUUCUACUGUUCGAUGUUGCCUGUUUCAUUUCAUGUAAAUUAACUGCGCGGCCAGGAGGAGUCAACAUGGGACUGCAUCAAAAGUCUACCAGAACAACGGGAACAAAGGAUUGUCUGGGGGUACUUCCAGAUGGAAUUCUGUCCAAAAUCAUCUCGAGGCUUACGCUAAAAGAGGCAGUAAGGACUAGUAUCUUGUCGAAAAGUUGGAGAGCCAUUUGGACUAGUCACCCCUGCCUAUUGUUUGAUUCGGCCAACAUACUCGGGAACAAAAUUCACUCCAAAAGUAUGUCCUGCUGUUUUGGUGAACCUGACAGGCAGUUGCAAAGGCUUCACUUUGUGGAAAAGGUUGAUCACCUUAUGCAUCAGCGUCGAAGAGGUCUGAGGAUAGACUCUUUAGCCAUACACUUCCACUUAGGUAAAGAGUUCGCUUCUCACAUCAGUGAGUGGAUUGAAUGCGCAUUUGCUAAGGGAGCUGAGAUCAUUGACCUUGAUCUGUCCGAAUCAUGUAGUUUUAAAGUAGAUAACGUGCCCCUAGCUGAAUUCGAACGUUAUACAUUUUCCUGCUCGCUUCUUGCAUCCCCUAAUGUUAGAUGUGCUCUAAAGCAUCUCCGACUGACCUGCUGUAAUUUUGAUUCUGUUCCCACUCCUGGCAGCCUGGCCUCUCUGACCACCGCUGAACUACGGGACGUUAAUAUCAGUGAUCAGCAACUAGAGAAUUUCUUGUUGACCUGUUUACGUCUUGAAAAUUUGAGUUUGCUUGCCUGCACCAACCUUGUCAAACUUAAAUUCUCCUGUCCAAAAUUUCGUCUUAAGAUUCUAAGCAUACAGAAUUGCCCUAGAUUAGACAGCAUUGAACUUGGUCCGGAGAGUCUUACCACAUUUGAAUAUACCGGUGAAUUAGCCACUUUUUCCUUCAAAUAUGCCCCAAGGUUAACAGAUAUGUAUCUGAGUUUCACGGGUCAUAACAGACAAGAUGGUGUGAGCUCUGCACUCUCGAGGUUUGCUUGUGAUAUACCUCACUUGCGGACUUUAAAUCUGGUCUCAGUACUGGGCAUGAAGACACCAGAGCUGCCAGACAAGGUGCUAAACUUUACUAAUGUCCAGGAGCUAAUCCUUACUGUUUUUCCUUUCCACGAUGAAGACAAAUUUGAUUGGAUUAUUUAUGUGCUGAAGACCUUCACUUCGUUGCGCAGUCUCCAACUCAAUUUGUUUUCUCCAAGCUACAUCAGAAAAUCAAAUAUUUCACCAAGGCAGCUUCCUGAAUGCACUCAUAGGCACCUGACUAAGUUGGAAAUAAAUGGAUUCUAUGGUAGUCCGCAUGAAAUUGAGCUGCUGGAAUACCUGCUUGACAAUUUGGUUGAACUUGGAGUGCUCUUCAUUAACUCAUGCCGCAAGAUAUACAAGAGAUUCAACCGGUGGGAUUCCGAAGUAGCAAGUAAUUCCCACAAAAUUAGGCCUGAGGUUGUGGAAUGGAUUCAUGAUAACGUAUCUCCAACCAUACAGCUGCACGUAUUGUGACAUUGGGUCGUCCUCUAAGCUAUAGCUGAAAUUUAUAUUCUAGUAUGACAAAGUUUGCCCAUUAUCCUAGAAAAGCGAUAGUUUAUCUUGGGGGAGUGGUAGUUAAUUAGAUGUGGAGUCGUUGUAGGGGAACAAGUUGUUAAUUAUCUUUCUGAAGAAGGAUAUAUCUGAUGAUACAUUAAGUGACACAUUUUGUUUAUGCCAGCCUAUCUCCAAUGUUAUAUAAAUAAAAAGGGUU